AUUGACAUAUUUCUAAAUUCUAUUUUCUACUUUAGUUUCAAUUGUCCGACUACUGUAUGGAUAUAAUUUAUUAUAAAUAAAGAACGAAUGUCCUAAAAUGUUUCGUUGUGCAACAUCAGUUUUUCGACGUAUACCACCACUAACAAUACCGUACUAUUGUAACGCAUCUAGAAUUAUCUCCAGUCAGCCGAGAUGUUUCUCUACAUUAAAAUCAAUUAAUACGCUUGCAUUUACUGGAUUACCAAAUGGAUCUUUAGUGAAUAACAAACAAAUAUUAGAUAUAUCUAAGAAUCUGAUAGUUCCGGUAAGAACUGUCACUAAGUUCAGCCUGAAAAAAGGUAAAAGGAAGACUGUUAAAGCAGUGGUAAAGAGGUUCUUUAGGUUGCACUGGGGAGGUUGGAUCAGAACUAAAAUUGGUAGGCACAAGAGGCUAUGGAAAAAAUCUCCCCCACAGAAAAGACGUUUAAGACAACAUGUAUUCUGCAAUGGAACCCAAAAUACAUUAUUGGACAAAAUGGUUACUAAAUAUUGGAAAAAACCUAAAUACUAUGUCGAAGAUCCGUAUGCCCCAUACCACACAAGAGAAGAAUUCCCACACACGAGGAAGAAGCCCAGAGAUAUAUACUAGAUGUUCAAAUAAAGCUUAUAAUUUAGGAUUCAUUAAGUCUUAGUUUGAUUUAAAUAUACAGUAAACUAAAAUAAA